AUGUCAACUGCACCGCGGAGCGCGGUCGCCUCCAAGAUGCAGGGGCAGCCGCGCUCGCGGUCCCUGCAGUAUGAGAUCAUGUUGCGGGAGCUGCUCGCGGCCGCGGGGGAGUCGGACAUCGACAGCGGCACGCAGGCCCAGCGCCCAUCCCGCAAACGCCUCUCCUGCUACGUGGCGCUCAUGCGCGAGCUGCUCUCCUCGGGCGCGUUCGGCGGGCUCUCAGGCAUCAUGGCGAAGACGAUGGCCGAGUUCUACAACUCCCUCUACGUGUCGGCCAACGUCUCGCCUGACGACCUCCUCCAGCCCCCACUGCCGGGCACGACGCUCAGGGACGCGCACCCGCCGAUGUUCCAGGAGCUCGAGGAGACGCAGCAGUCGCUGAACGCCGCCCAGGCCGACCUGACGCGCAUGCGCGAGCGGUUGACAGCGCUCGGCGCCAACUCCAGCGGCGUGGGGAACCGCCAGGUGCAGCGGGAGGUCGAGGACCUGCAGAUCCAGAUCCAGGCGGCCGAGCAGCGGCUCGAGGAGCGCGAGCGCGAGCUGCGGGCGAUGCGCGCCGAGAAGCGGCAGCUCAUGGAGCAGGGCAGGAUGGAGUCGCAGUCGAUCGCGCAGGAGCUGCAGCGCGUGAAGGCGCAGCUCCAGAAGGCCGAGGAGGAGGUCCGGAAGCACAAGGGCUCCACGCGGGUCGACGAGCUGGCCAAGAGCGCCUUCUCCAUCGUGGCUCCCGCGGCGCAGCAGCUCCCGCCGGAGGCGGAGAAGGACGGCCGCCAGAACCGGCGGAAUCGCGCGGCGCGGUUCUGGGCGGACGCGGCGAAGCUGGUGGACCAGCUGAUGGCGCUGCAGAACAUCCGCAUCGACAAGUUCGAGACGGGCAUGCGCGCCGAGGGCCUCCUCCCGCCGUGCGGAGAGCUGGCGUCCGGCCUCUCGAUGGCCGCCCGCGACCAGCGCUUCCAGCGCGCGCAGGCCGAGCUCAACUCCGACCUCGCGGCCAUCCAGUCCGAGGUCGGCGUCCUCGAGAAGCACCUGACUCAGGCGGCGCGCAAACACCACAUACAAAAGUCCGCCGUGUCCCUCAUGGUCCACCCCGACGAGCUCGAGUCCGCCGUGGAGUCCAAGACGCGCCGCGGACACCUCCCCGGCGACCACCCGGUCGCGCGGCGCGGCAAGGCGCUCCGGAAACCGCUCAACGAGGCCGGUCUGCGGCUCAAGGGCCCCGGCGCCGGCAACCCCAUGUGGAACAGCUACGUGCACCGCUGCGAGGCGACGGACACGGACGUGGACCCGCGCGUGCCGCGGAACGUGUCGCCCGACGACGCGCGGACGCAGAUGAUGUCGGUCAUGCGCGCCAAGUACAUGCGCGACAUGGACGCCAAGAUCACGCCGCUGCCGCUCGCGGAGGUGGACAGCGUGGAGAUCAUGGCGCAGAUCCGGCAGCUCGCGCAGACGCGCGAGUCCCUCGGGGACCACUGCCUGCGGUGCCUGGAGCUCGUCUACCGCAACAAGCAGGCCUCGCUGCUGAUGAUGCACGGCAUCUUCACGGCGCUGGAGAACGCGCACCAGGAGGACCCGCUGCUGGACUUGAUGGUCCGCGCGCUGGGGGGCGAGGUGCCGGACCCGCUGUGGUGGUGCGUGGUCGAGCUGGCGCGGAUCGUCGACGAGACGCGCACGCAGGGCCACGAGGCGUUCGAGAGCCUGCUGCGGCUGCUGUACCCGGACGUGAAGCCCGUGGACCGGCUGGAGCUGCUGGACGAGUACGACGACCAGCACGCGGGGGACUACUCGCCCGUGGAGAUCCAGCGGUACUUUGCAGAACAGUUGCUGCAGCGCGGGGAGAUAAGGUAUAACAAGUGGCUGGAUAAGCUGGUCGGGGAGGACGUGGGGCGCAUCAGCCGGGACCAGGCCGUGCGGAUUAUCCUGCGGUGGCUGCCGAGCGUGAGUCGGACCACGGCCACGCAGGCGUACGCGCUGCUGGCGGUGUCGACGUGCGCGAUGGAUGUGGACGUGGACGCGCUCGCGCUCGUGCUGACCGCGCUCGAGCUCUCGAAUGUCCGCGCGCCCGUGCGCGCGCCCGCGGCGCCGACGGCCAGGGUGUAG